GGUUGGAAGCCCGGCCGCCUGCAGACGGGGGCGUCAGGAGGCGGAUUCCUCCUCCCUUAAACACUGGGGGGCGGGGAGGAAGGAGGCCGGGCCAGCGGCCGGGGACCGAGCCGCGAAGACCCAGCGGGCUGAGGAGAUGGAGGGCGGCGAGGUACCCUGGGCGAGCGAGUGCGUUUCGGGUCCCGGCCCUGGAGGCGGCGGAAUGAUUCGCGAACUAUGCCGGGGCUUCGGUCGCUACCGCCGCUACCUGGGACGGCUGAGAAAGAACCUGUGCGAAACCCAGAAGUUCUUCCGCGACAUGAAGUGCUCCCAUAACCGGGGCUGUCCCUCCUCUCCCACGGACGGCGGCAGCCGGGCCGAAUCUGGCCCUGCCAGCGAUGUCGCCGAAACCCUGCAGCAUGCGGGCCAACUGAGCUGCAUUUCCUUCCCACCCAAGGAAGAGAAGUACCUCCAGCAGAUUGUGGACUGCCUCCCCUGCAUCUUGAUCCUCGGCCAGGAUUGUAAUGUCAAGUGCCAGCUGUUGAACCUGCUGUUGGGGGUGCAGGUGCUUCCCACCACCAGGCUGGGCAGUGAGGAGAGCUGUAAGCUUCGGCGCCUUCGCUUCACCUAUGGGACUCAGACUCGGGUCAGCCUGGCGCUCCCUGGCCAGUAUGAACUAGUGCACACUCUGAUUGCUCACCAGGGCAACUGGGAAACCAUCCCCAAGGAGGACCUGGAGGUCCAAGAGGACAGUAAGGAUGCUGCCCAUGUUUUAGCCGAACUGGAGGUGACGAUGCAUCAUGUUCUCUUAAAGGAAGUGGACAUUGUGGUAGCACCGUGCCAAGGCCUUCGGACCACAGCAGAUGUUCUGGGUGACUUGGUGAAUGAUUUCUUGCCUGUGGUAACCUAUGCACUCCACAGAGAUGAACUCUCAGAGAGGGAUGAGCAAGAGCUUCAGGAAAUCCGAAAGUACUUCGCAUUUCCCAUAUUCUUUUUCAAAGUACCGAAGUUGGGCUCAGAGAUAAUUGAUGACUCCACCAGAAGAAUGGAGAGUGAAAGAUCACCACUUUAUCGACAGCUAAUUGACUUGGGUUAUCUGAGCAGUAGUCACUGUAACUGUGGGGUCCCUAGCCAAGAUAUUAAAGCUCAGGGCAUGUUGGUGGAACAAAGUGAGAAGCUGAGACACUUGAGCACAUUUUCACACCAGGUGCUACAGACUCGCCUGGUGGAUGUAGCUAAGGCCCUGAAUCUGGUGCACUGCCGUUGCCUUGAUAUCUUUAUUAACCAGGCCUUUGACAUGCAGCGGGACCUGCAGAUUACUCCAAAACGUUUGGAAUAUACUCGAAAAAAGGAGAAUGAGUUGUAUGAAUCACUGAUGAAUAUUGCCAACCGAAAGCAAGAGGAAAUGAAGGACAUGAUUAUUGAGACACUUAACACCAUGAAGGAGGAACUUCUGGAUGAUGCUGCCAACAUGGAGUUUAAAGAUGUUAUUAUCUCUGAGAAUGGGGAACCAGUGGGCACCAGAGAGAUCAAAUGCUGCAUCCGACAGAUCCAGGAACUCAUCAUCUCCCGGCUUAAUCAGGCAGUGGCUAACAAGCUGAUCAGCUCAGUGGAUUAUCUACGUGAGAGCUUUGUGGGAACUCUGGAACGGUGUUUGCAGAGCCUGGAGAAGUCCCAGGAUGUUUCAAUUCAUAUCACCAGUAAUUAUCUCAAACAGAUCUUAAAUGCUGCCUAUCAUGUUGAAGUCACAUUUCACUCAGGAUCCUCGGUUACAAGGAUGCUGUGGGAGCAAAUCAAGCAGAUCAUCCAGCGCAUCACAUGGGUGAGUCCCCCUGCCAUAACUCAAGAGUGGAAGAGGAAGGUGGCCCAGGAAGCCAUUGAGAGCCUCAGUGCCUCCAAGUUGGCCAAGAGCAUUUGCAGCCAAUUCCGGACUCGGCUCAACAGUUCUCAUGAAGCUUUUGCAGCCUCCUUGCGGCAGCUGGAGGCUGGCCACUCAGGCCGGCUGGAGAAAACUGAAGACUUGUGGCUGAAGGUUCGGAAAGAUCAUGCUCCCCGCCUGGCUCGCCUUUCUCUGGAGAGCCGUUCUUUACAGGAUGUCUUGCUGCAUCGUAAACCUAAACUGGGACAGGAACUAGGCCGGGGCCAGUAUGGUGUGGUGUACCUGUGUGAUAACUGGGGGGGACACUUCCCUUGUGCCCUCAAAUCAGUUGUCCCUCCAGAUGAAAAGCACUGGAAUGACCUGGCUUUGGAGUUUCACUACAUGAGGUCUCUGCCAAAGCAUGAGCGCCUGGUGGAUCUCCAUGGUUCAGUCAUUGACUACAACUAUGGUGGUGGCUCCAGCAUUGCCGUGCUGCUCAUUAUGGAGAGGCUACAUCGGGACCUCUACACAGGGCUGAAGGCUGGGCUGACCCUGGAGACACGUUUACAGAUAGCACUAGAUGUGGUGGAAGGAAUCCGCUUCCUGCACAGCCAGGGACUUGUCCACCGUGAUAUCAAACUGAAAAAUGUGCUGCUAGACAAACACAACCGUGCCAAGAUCACUGACUUAGGAUUCUGCAAGCCAGAGGCCAUGAUGUCAGGCAGCAUUGUGGGGACCCCAAUCCAUAUGGCCCCUGAACUUUUCACAGGGAAGUAUGAUAAUUCCGUGGAUGUCUAUGCUUUUGGAAUUCUUUUCUGGUAUAUCUGCUCAGGCUCUGUCAAGCUCCCUGAGGCAUUCGAGAGGUGUGCCAGCAAAGACCACCUCUGGAACAAUGUGCGGAGAGGGGCCCGCCCAGAGCGCCUUCCUGUGUUUGAUGAGGAGUGCUGGCAGUUGAUGGAAGCCUGUUGGGAUGGCGACUCCUCUCAGAGGCCUCUCUUGGGCAUUGUUCAGCCGAUGCUCGAGGGCAUUAUGGACCGGCUAUGCAAGUCAAAUUCUGAGCAGCCAAACAGAGGACUAGAUGAUUCUACUUGAAAUCAAAGAAAAGACCUUUCUCUCUCACUCUUUGUCUUCCCUCCCCACCCCCCCACCUUCGGACCAUGGGGAGAAUUUGACAUUUUUUCAUUACUGGGAAUUCAAGGGAAUUGGUGCUUGCUGGGCAACUUGAGACUUUCCCAAAGAGAGAUGACUCUUGGCUAGUCAAGAGUUGGAUGCCUGUUUGAGCAUAUGCGGCAGUUCACUGAUAACCCCAAGCUAUCCCUUUAGCAAAAGAUUCUUUAGGUCACGGGUAAAAACUGAAGAAUGGGAUGUUCUGGCCUCAGAACUGAAAAGGAGGCAAAUCUUAUCAUUGUCAGUUCACUGUAUAUGUUUCUUUCCAAAACACCAAGUGGGACACUGCAGUGGCACUAGUAUUAAAAGCUAUCAUUUCCAUGACUUCUGCUCUAGCAAAGAGUAAUUUAAUUCCAUCCAAUGGUCAGGACCUUUAGAAAAUGUGAGGUUAGUUCUGGGAUAUGAGACCAUAGGAACAACAGAAAUAACUGUGGAUGCCUGUUACCUGACAUCUGCUCUCAGGUUGUAACAGUCAGAAGCCCCACUGAGGGGGCUUGAAACAAAGCUAUGUGUUCCUUAUGGUGUCAGUAUGUUUACAUUUGUAGGACCAUAUAUCCCUGAUUUCUGGGGGAAGAUUUUACUGUUACAUCACAGAGAGGCCAAAAACAAACAAAAACCACGAGUGUUUUUAUGUAUGUAUGUAUAUAAGUUAUUUGAGUUACUGCUAACCACAGAACAGGAUGUUUUCCUGUGUCCUUGGGUCUUAAUUUUUUUUUUUUCUUUCUCUCUUUGGUCUCAAGGUGGAGAGGAACUCCAGAUGACAUGGUACUUGGGGGUGAGUGUCUGAGCAAAACUGUCUUAAUGUGAAGUAAUUUGGUGAGACCUGAGAGGUGGGAAAUGAUUAGAGGCCAUAGGCCUCCAUAUAAACCUACUAGAAGGGUACCAGCUUGUUUUUAAAAACUUUAAAAUUGGAAAUUCUUCUGUUUUUGAAACUUAACAGACUGAUAUUUUAAAAACUUGAUCAGUGAGCUUUUUAAUCAAGGUUUCUUUUGUAAUUUAUCCCUUCUACUUGCCUUAUUUUAAAUAUGAUAUGUUAGGAAAAAAAACAAGAACCAGACCAAAGAGAGCACUCUGUAGUACUACGUGGGUGCAUUUUACCCAUGUAUUAAUUAAUGUCUGUGAAGGAUCCCUUCCCUUUGCAGCUGAGAGAUAAGAUGGUCUUCUUUUGAAGAGUUUCAUUAAGUAUACAUGAGCAGAGAAAUUCUUAUUCCUAUCACAAAAAGGGGCACAAUUUAAACAUUGUUGCAUCUCAGAUCUUGACUUCAGUCCCUCCUCAGCCAGACUGAUUGAUUAGAUUUAGAAAAACAGGUAGAUGACGGAAUAGAUAGUAGAGAUAGUAGCUUCCAUCCAUCUUCCCAAUUCCCACAAACUGUGGUCUGGCCCUUGUGACCAGCUCCAAAGUGUGUAAAACAGGUCCCCAAGUAUGUGUACAAGAUGAGUGGCACAUUUGCUCCUGAGAUUUUCCAAGGUUGCUUGUGAUAGAAUGACCAUCUCUUGCCUCAAAUGGAAUGUUUAAGAAGAUUUUUAUAUAACCUUUAAGAUUCAGUUUAAUUCUUUGGCUCUCCUGGGCUCUGCUUAUGAUAGUGUAGCAGCCCUCUAAGCAUUUGCAGCCUUUCAGAAACUCCAUGUAGUGCUAAAAACCUUUUACUGCAAAUGAUAAAGUGACUGAUGCAAUGUCUUUGGGCUCUGUAGGCUCCAGCCUUGUUUUAGUGGAUUGUUCAGUACAUCUCUUAGAAUUUUAACCCCCAUUAGCUAUACUUCACGUCACUCUAUUCUUGUCAGCAUUAACUUAUUGCCCUUCUGGGGACACUGACGGGGCUUCCAGGAAGGCACGUUUCAAGUCAAGAAAGGAGAGGCGAGUUGUCUCUAUUUGCCCAAAAAAAAUGAAUAAAGGGGGAAAAAAUCAAUGUCUGUUCUAUAUGAAAUCCCAAGAAACAUAUAUAGUUCCCUUUUCCAGGCUGUCUUCUAACUCUAGCUAUAAUCAGAAGUCUGUGCUUUCAUCGUGGAGACCAUAUUCCUAAUAUUCUUUGGACGUCUUAACCCAUACCUCCAUCCACACAUGGGAGGUUAGGUUUUUUUCCUGCACGGAGAAUCUCAUGUCAGUUUAUUCUCCAUGUUUAAUGUGCUUUCAGAUACUAGUUUUCUAGCAGAUUCCCCACAUUUUUUGACCUUGGUAAGGAGGAUAGGAGGGGAUUAACGCUAAAUAAGGAGGAGACUAUUUGUGUUACAGCUCAUUUAAAAUAAAAAAAAAAAGUAUUCUAAGAAAAGGUGCAAAAUAUUCCUGAAAGUCUCCAGGCCAGCCAGAGUCCACAUAUGCAUAUUUGGGCGUGUUAUUUAAAUACUCAGCAGGCUGAGUGCAGAAAUACAUAUAUAUGUAUGUAUAUUUGCUUCUAUUUUGUAACAUUGUCAGCUAAUUUUGGAUUCUUUGUUCCUUGGCUCCCAUUAUUACUAAAGUGAUGGGAUGCCAUGAAAUGUACUGUAUUGUAUUUUACUUGGGAAGACACUAGGUAUAAUUCAGAGAAGUCUGGUGGCAUUUGGGCUUUAGACGGCUCAGCAUGGCCAAAAUCCUGAAGAUUUUACCUCGUAGCUUUGGUAGUAUGUGCUUGCAAUUGGUGAGAUGAAAUUAUGGUGGGGGCAGGAAGGAGGAUGACAUAAAAGAAUCACCCUUACUUCAUUCUAGCCUUUUAAUCCACUUAAUUAGGGCAAUUUAUUCCAACCCGAAAAUGAUCCCUGGCCCUUUCUAAUGCACUUGAAGUCUGGUCACUCAGUUUGCUUCAGAACUGAGUGAGGGACCUUCCUGCAGAGCAAUCAGAAGAAAUGUUGGGGAGGUCUGGGGGUCUGAAUGGCUGACCCUGUGCCUAGAGAGCUAGUGACAAGGUCAUUCUGGCUCAUUUGGCCGAGGUUUCCACAGCCAUGCCCUGGUUCCCUUGAUCCUUUGCAGAGAAUGGCGCAUUGAGCAAGCCUUUCACUUUUCUGGGAAAGAUUGUGCUGAUUGUUCCCAGACCAAAGAGUUACUUUUGACUCCUUAAGCUUCAAGGGGACAAAGCCUAGGUGGCGGCUUCUCCUGUUUUAAACACUAAACUUCAAGGACAUAGUGGAGGAAAAGAUACAUUGCUACUAGGCAUAGAAAUAGGGUGAAGGUAGGACUCUUCCUGACUUGCUGCCAGCCCUAUUUUUGUAUCUUUGCUUGAGCUGCCAAAGAGAGAUUGGAUAUUUCGUUUGUUUGUUUUUCCUGAAGGGGGAGGUAGUUUGGGGUGGCAGGGCUGGGAAGUGAUAACUGCACUGAAUGACACUUUAUUUGGGGGUUAUUAUGAAGCACUGAGAAGCAGAGGGGAAUUGGUGAUUACAGUAGCACUUUGGGGUUACAGGGGCAGCUUCUGGCCUUGGAGAGAGGGCAUGCUUGGUAAUCUGUUUGGCUGAUCACGGAAAUGCCUGGGUCCAUAUUGCAGCAGGGCAGGAUUAAAAGCCCUGAAAGAGUCCGUUGUCAAAAGAGGAGUUGCUUUCUUUGAGUUUUCAAGGCCUGAUUUUUGGACUGCUGGGUCAAAGAACUCACCUUUUCUUUAAAAGAAAAAAAAGAGGGUUUAUUCUUCUAAAUAUGGGGUAGUGUAUUGUAAAAGUGGGUAAGGAAGGAGUGACUUUGGGAAACCUUUGUAUUGCAAAACUACUUUGGGGAUUCAAGUAGCACUACUGUUCUUAAAAGGGUUUAUUUUUAAUUUCAUCUGCUUUGUUAACAUUCAGUCCAACUGAGGUGAUGGAAGAGACUGUGUUGAACACCUGGCAUUGGGGGGAAGGAGGUAACCUUGUUCAGAAGAUUGAAAAGAAAAUUGGUCUAGACAGCUUGUUGUCAUUUGUCUUUCUGUAAUGUUUUUGUUGUUUUAAAGGAUUAAUGUUUAUUACGGUGUUAAUAAAAAUAUAACAUACUAAGUGUGUAAAAUGGAAGAAGUGCAAUAACAAAAGAAGAUUCCUUUGGCACCAACUUCAGUCCUUAUACUCUCUCCCAUCUUAUGCUACCUGGCUCUUUCCAUAAUACUGUUACAGCAAGACCAUAUUAAUUGUGUUAUUUUUAAGAGACACAACUAUGGGUUAAGUCUUCAUUUAAUGUAAUUUUGAAUGGCUGGGUUUGGUUUUAUAGAGUAUUCUGUAUACUUGUUGGGAUGCACAAAUGCCCGAUGUGCUGUAUAAUAAAGAUCACAUUAAUGUUUAA